AUGUUGGCUUUCUGCCUCUGGGUGGCCCUGCUUUGCCCGGGCGUUUGGGGCGCCACCCCCCCGAAGGCGCGCAAAGCCCGGGAAGAGCCGGGAGGCGUCGGGGAGCCGUGGUGCCCUUACAAGGUGCUGAGCGAUGACGGGCCGGGACGGCUGUGCUUCCGCAGCCCGGCGCGGGGUUUCCAGUGCGCUCCGGAGCGCUGCACGGCUCAUCGCUCGCCCGGCCGCGCCUUGCUGGCCAACGUGCUCCGCAACGGCAGCGUCCUGCUGCAGUGGGCCUGGCCGGCCGAGCGGCUGGCUCCGCUGCGCGGCUUCGCGCUCUCCUGCUCGUGGGAAGGCGCCUACACGCGUUUCCAGUGCGACAGCGUGCGGCUGGGCACCGCCUGCCGGGAUUACUUGCUCGCUGAGCCGCACGGCAGCGUCCGCUACCGCCUCUGCCUGCAGCCCCUCUUGGCCGACGCCAACCGCAGCAGCGGCGGCGGCGGGGCCGAGCCAGCCGAGUGCGUGGAAUUCACCGUGGAGCCGGCCGGCAUGCGGGACAUCGUGGUCGCCAUGACGGCCGUCGGGGGCUCCAUCUGCGUCAUGCUGGUCCUCAUCUGCCUCCUGGUGGCUUACCUGACCGAGAACCUCACGCCCGCUUCGGCCAAGCGGGGCAACUGA